GAUGUGCAAUUUAAAUUACAUAAAUUUUCAUGAUUAAGAAAAAAUGACUGUAAUGCAAUAUUCUAGGAUUCUGUGAGUGGAUUGAUUCUUGCAUUACAAAAAAGUGUUUCUGUGUGAAACAGGAUGUUCAGCAAAGAAAAAAUGUAGGGCGGGACUUGAUUUUAUCCAUCGGGAAUGCAGUGGAUUGUGAAAAGUGGGUGUUACAUACUAGAAUGUAGCCGGACCUGAAUGUGGGUCUGCUAAAAAAUGCCUAAAUUGUUAUUAUUGAUUAGCAUUAUCCAAUUACCCACCUCAGAGUUGCCAGUUGACCCUUUGCUGGGAGUUUGAUUGACAGGUGAUCUAACCAAUCAUAAUGCCGAAUCUGCUGUUUUGUCCAAUAAAGCAGUCAGGGUAGUUAGUAGAUUAAUGUCGGUGGACUUAAACUUGGAAAAUUGGUAUGUACAGAUGUCUUUCCGCGGUUGAAACAACAUUCCUUCUGAUGUUCAUUCAUGAGGCGCUACAGCGAUCUGUCAAGACACAAUAAAGAGCCACAAAAUGGUAUUUGGUAAGGACCAGUAAAUUGUGCAAAGAAAAAUGUUCAUGUUGACUUUAGAGGAACACAACACGCAGCAAUGUUUUAUCCUCUUUGUUGUGUGCAGACUUGUCUCAUAGCCAGGGGGAAAUUGCAGCAAUGUCACCUCUGCUUUGGGUUAACUCUGAUUCAGCAAUAAAAGACACUAGAGAAUACUGUGUUGUAGCGUAGCACUCCUCCUCCUCUGUGCAUAUGCAAACACACACUCACACAUCUCACCUCUAGUUCCUCUUCUCUGCUUGUGGAGCGUGAGUGAAGCCGUAGUGUUUACUACUGUCAGAGACUUGAGAGACAAUCAGAGAGACGCGAGAGAAGGUGGGGCGGGGGCACAAAAAGAGAGUUGAUGAGGACCUUUGUUGUGCUCCUGUCACAUAUUUCUGAGGGUGGGAGAGAAGCACAGAGAACUGGAGUGUAACAACGUGCCAUGUCAAUGUAAGGAGGCAAGAAUUUUGAAGAGACUGCGUGAAAGACAGCAAACAAACCCUUGAAAGUUGCUUUAUGCUGUAGGGAAACGAGUGGAAGAAACAUUGAAUGCUGCAAUACUGAGCCACAGCUUCCUGUAACUGCAAACCAACGUUCAAGAUUUAACACUUAAUGCAAAAAACCCCACACACCCCUCCUCCCUGCCUUCAAGCUCCUCCUACUGCAUCAUCAUGGCGAUGAGCAGUGAUCCUGGUUGCGUGGGGAUGGAUCUUGACCCAGAAUCUUCCCAGACUGCUGAAAUGACUGACAAGAUGUCCGCAGUGUCCCUAAGGUCUGAUACCUCCUUCAGUGUAGUGAAGAAUGGGACUGGUGUUAAGAAAGUUCUGCCGAAGAGGCCACACCUGUCAGGCAGGAAGAUGUCACUGCAGGAGAGAGGGACAUACGUGUCUUCUGGGGGCGGGGCUGACCGCUACUCAAGAAUAGCCAGACAGCCAACCAUCGAGUCCAAACGAGUGUCCAUCUCAGACUCGCAGGAUUGCCAACAACUUAACCAGUACAAGUUAAAGAGUGAGAUUGGGAAGGGCUCAUAUGGUGUUGUCAAGUUGGCAUACAAUGAAGAUGAUGACAAAUAUUAUGCAAUGAAAGUGGUAUCCAAGAAGAAGAUGAUGAAACAGUAUGGUUUCCCUCGCCGACCUCCUCCCCGAGGUCCUAAAGCGGCCCAGGGGGAGCAGCCCAAGGUGCUUGGUCCUCUGGAGAGAGUUUACCAGGAGAUAGCCAUCCUGAAAAAACUGGACCACCUCAACAUAGUUAAACUGGUUGAGGUGCUGGAUGAUCCAGCAGAGGACAACCUUCACAUGGUGUUUGAGCUGAUGCAGAAGGGCCCUGUGAUGGAAGUCCCCACCGACAGCCCAUUCAGUGAGGACCAGGCCCGCCACUACUUCAGAGACAUUGUUCUGGGCAUCGAGUACUUGCACUAUCAGAAGAUCGUUCACAGGGAUAUCAAGCCAUCUAAUUUAUUACUUGGAGAUGACGGCCAUGUCAAGAUCGCCGAUUUUGGGGUCAGUAACCAGUUCGAGGGUAACGAUGCCAUGCUCUCCAGCACUGCUGGUACUCCUGCAUUCAUGGCUCCAGAGACACUGUCAGACAACCGCAAGAGCUUUAGUGGAAAGGCUCUGGAUGUGUGGGCUAUGGGAGUGACCCUCUACUGUUUUGUGUAUGGGAAGUGCCCAUUUAUUGAUGAGUACAUUCUGGCACUUCACAAUAAGAUCAAGUGUAAGCCGGUGGAGUUCCCUGAGACGCCAGCUGUCAGUGAAGGGCUGAAGGACCUGGUAUCACGAAUGCUGGACAAAAACCCAGACACCAGGAUCACCGUUCCUGAGAUCAAAGUGGACCCCUGGGUGACUCAGGAUGGUACAGACCCUUUGCCUUUAGAAGAGGAGCACUGUACUGUGAUAGAAGUCACUGAAGAGGAGGUGCAGAACUCAGUGAAGUUUGUCCCAAGUCUAUCUGCUGUGAUAUUGGUGAAAGCCAUGUUAAGGAAGCGUUCCUUUGGGAAUCCAUUUGAGUGUCCCAGCAGACGAGAAGAGAGAUCCAUGUCUGCUCCCGGCAGUCUUCUCAUGGACUCUUGGCCAUUCCGGCCCUCUUUUAAACUCCAGCCCUCGUUAAGAAAGGGGAGCAGUGGAGAGGCUGGAAGAGAAGUCGAGCUCGAGGACUUGCAUGAGGACGAACCACCCACCUCUUGAGUGUCUCCAUAGAUCCUGAAGCGUUCCUCAUUGUCUGCACUUCUCCAUUCAGACACUUCCAACCCUUUGAGCAGAUGAUGAUCAUGACCCAAACGACUAAACUUACACUACACUCUGUUUCCACCGACUUGAGGCUCACCUUGACAUUGAACUGGAUUCAGCUAUUGCUUGUCAUUCAGGCUUUUCACUUUUUUCAGUCUUGCACAAGAAUCACUUUCCUUGCUUUUUAAGUCUCAGAAAACCUGGCCUUGGUAAUCCAUCGGAAAACCAAACUUUCUCCUUCACACAGUUUGGAUCUUUUUACAUUUGUUCUCUUAUCCUGGCUGAACAAGUAGAUUUUGGAAGGAAUCUAUAGUGGACCAGGUUUGUUUGAAAGACAGACUAUGUCAUAAGCUUUCUAGAGCAAAAAACUAUAGCAUUUUCAAAAGAUGCUAAAAUAUUAACUUGGUACGGCACCUCAUAAAGCUAAAAACAGUGAUGGCAUUGAUGCAGUGUGCUGCCAUCAUAACGUUUGUACAUGUGUAUAAAAUAAUAGCUAUGGUGUCUUGCCUUUUUGUAUAUGUUAAUGUGCAAUUCCCUAUCCGUCAGAGCAUGCCUGAAAUAUGGCCUUUUCCAAAUUAUGGUGUUUCCAUUUCUCUGUUGCUUUCCAUUUCUUUCAUACUAUCAAAAUGUUCUCAUUUCAUUCAGAUACAAUUUAUUAACAGACACACACACACACACACACAGUGUUGUAGUGUGAAUCAAAGGGGCUUAUGUAACUACUAGACACUAAAAGAGCUCUUGAUGUAUAAAUGUCUGUAUUUUCAGUCAAUUCUAGCAAACAGGGCUUUCUCAUGAAACAUACAUUUGGUAUAAGCAUUAUCUAGAACAGGGCUUUUUCUCCAUGUUUGUCGAUGUCAGAAAUCCCACAUUUGGAUCGCACCGGAUGCAGGGCUCUCGUGUUGCAGUGCUUUGUCUCUACAGGAACAGAAUGUGUCAUUGUUUACCAAGUCUUCACAUUCCAAAAGGCCUAUUUGUCAGUCAGCAGUGCAAACGGGUGCUCCAACAAACAUGCAAACAUGCCACCGAGGCGAGCGAGUGUGCACUGAUGUGGAAGGAGAGGGAGUCAGUUUCACUCAAAACAGACAAGCCAAUUGAGGAAAGGAUCUGAACAUGGUGGUUAUCUGUAGAACGAAAGUGAACUGCCAUUCAAUGUCAUCACAGUCCCUCACGGCCUGUAUUAACUCCGUCCAAAACAAUACACCCUUGUUUACAUGGGAUCGUAUGUCAGGCAAACCCAUCAUCCUCUUUUUUUUGAACCGUGUAUUGAAAGUACAAAGAGAUUCUGAAUGGACAACCAUUGUAAAUGCACAUUGGUGGUCGAGAUAUUUAAUUACAUGCACAGAUCACUCAUAUUAUUUAGAUUUUUAUUGUGAAAUCAUCACUGAGCGUGUUUCAGUUUUAAAAGGACAGUUCACCCAAAAUAUAAUACUGUUAUCAUUUACCAAAGGUCUGUUUAUACCAACACAAAUGCUUGGCACGAAACGCUGACCAAUUUGCACAUGCAGUUUGUCUGUUCAGACCAAUGAGUUAGAAAAAUGGUAGACCAGCUGAAUGAAAAUUUCCAAAUUCACAUUCAAGGUAAUGCUUUUAGCAAGCAAUAAGAUAUGAGAGGCUGUGCUGUAUCGUGGAUAAGUCGUGACUUAUUCACGAUACAGCACUAGCCGCAAGUACCUUAUUGCUUUUAUAAAACGGUUACCACACAAAACAAAUAUUAAAGCCAAAAAUAUGAAUCAAUGCAACUAUCAUGAAGUAAACUGUCACUAAAAGCCUUCCUUCCGCCGGAAAAAAUAGUCCCUGACCGUGAACAGCAACAGAAGUUACAUUAUUACGCCAUUAGAUGGCAGCAAAGACUGUCUUUAUGAGUGUGUCAGUCAGUAGCGAAU